CUACACCUGAGGUGGCUCCUGUCUGACCAUCAUAACUUCCAGAGUCUCUGGGAACUGGGAAUCUGAGCAUAGGAAGGAGGAGAGUCACACAGGGACUCACUGGGUGGAAACAACAUUCACAGACACUGUCUUUUGCUAUAGAUUUGGUAUUGCCAUUAUCCCAUGUGAGGUGAGUUAAAGGAAAUAAAUAACCUUAUGGAAGUGGUUUGAAUGUGCAUAGAAUUUUAUUGGGGUGUGAUUCAUUGUGUACAGAGAGCUCUCAUCAGAAGAGCCUACAGGAUAAAUAUCUCUCAGGGUUCAGUGCCAGGAAUGGUACUGGUUCUCCCAAGAUGCUGAUAACUGGGUUUUUUUUUUUUUUUCUUUUUCGGCCAUGGCAUGCUGGAUCUUCCCUGAGCAGCUAUUGAACCCGUGCCCCCUGCAUUGGGAGGGUGGAGUUUUAAUCACUCGACCUCCAGGGAAGUCUUGAUUUGUUCUUAACUCACAGACUCUGUGACUUAUAUAAUGAGUCAUGUUUCUUUCCUUGCACUGGCUAAUGGGUAGCUUGGAGCUAAUUUGUGGCCUGCCAUCCCCAGUAUAUAUAUAAUAGCACAUAUUUUUGACUUGUAGGCCUUCCAUGGCAUAUAAAGAGAGAUUGCUUGUAGAAUGCCACGCAGAAAUUAAAAUGUAUCAACGUAAGUAAAUCUCAAAAGAUCUGUGUAUCUCAACACAAGUGAAUCUCAAACAUGUGGUGUUGAAUGAAGAAGGCAGGUUGCAGAAUGGUAUCUACAGUAUGAUGGCACUUAAUAUAAAAUUUUAAAACAUGUAAAUAAUACUGUAUAUGGCUUGUGGAUACACAUACAUGUAAUGCUAGUACUAAAGAGAUGUGGGAUAAUCACCAAUUCAGGAUAGCUGUUUUUUAUGAGAGGGAGGGUAGUGAUAUGUUGUGGGGGUAUCAACUCUCUAUAGUGUUUUAUUUCUUUAAAGAAAUUUGAAGCAGAGACAGCAUAAUAUUCAGAUUUAUUAAAGCUGGAUAGUGGUUACACAGGCCUUCAGAGUAACAUUCACUACACUUUGCUGACUAUUUGAAUUAUUUCAUAAUAGGAAAAAAAAAGAAGCAGAAAAGCCCUCCCUGCCUUCAGCAAGUAACUGCUCUUGUUCUUAACCCUUGAAGACUUUCCUCCUUCUGACAGCAGCUCUGGAGCUUCAGCAAGGCCUCCAGGCAGGGAACUAAUCUUGUGUUCUUUGAAAUGCCCUUUCACAGGCUAAGGAAAAGGAUUUCAAGCAUUUUAAUUCAGUGAUUUACAUCAAUGCCUCGGAAAACCUGCUUCCUCUAGUUCCUGGACCUUUCCUUCAACAGCCUGACGGCGGAGGCCAUCUGUGACCUGGGGAUUCUGCCACAUCUCCGUGUCCUGCUCCUCACAGGCAAUGGCCUCACCUCUCUGCCACCCAGUUUGGCUGUCGCAGAACAGUCUUUGUGCACACAGGGAGGCGUCUGUCACAUCGCUGACCACCAAGAGGUACAUCCUGAGGUUCCCAGCGCUGGAGACAUUGAUGCUGGAUGACAACAAACUCUCCAACCCCAACUGUUUUGUCAGCCUGGCCGGGCUCAGGAGACUGAAGAAGUUAAGCCUGGACCAAAACAGGAUUUUCCGGAUCCCGUACCUACAGCAGGUUCAGCUCCGAGAUGGGUCUGGAGACUGGGUUGGAGGCAGGGGGAGUCCCCGGAAACAGCCCCAAUCCAUGCUGCAGCCCAAGUCGUGGAUAUAUGAGGCCUCAGAUGACCAGCCGGAUUAUACUAUACUGCCCAUGAAAAAGGAUGUUGACCGGACAGAGGUCGUGUUCUCAUCUUAUCCUGGAUUUUCAACCUCAGAGACGACCAAGGUAUGUGCACUUCCGCCCAUAUUCGAGAUUCUUCCUGUGAAGUCACUGAAGGCGAGGAACCAGACGCUGGCCCCGCCCUUCCCAGAGCUGAGGUACCUUAGCCUGGCCUACAACAAGAUUGCAAAGGAAGAUGCCAUCCUGCCAGUAGCUCUCUUCCCAUCUCUCUGUGAGCUCAUCUUUCACAACAACCCUCUGGUGACCCAUACUCGAGGGGUCCCACCACUACUAAAAAGCUUUCUCCAGGAGCGGCUGGGAAUCCACUUAAUUCGAAGGAAGAUAGUAAAGGCUAAGCAUCAUAUUUUGAUGCCUCGGAAGGACUCUCGGAAGGUGAAAAAUCAAGUUCCCAAGGUGCCAAAGCAGCCUAUGAUUCUCCCUCACCCAUCCUUGAUGAUCAAGUCUCCCUCAAAGGAGAUGCUGGAGUCAGAGGCAGAGCUGACUAAGGAGCCGCCUGCCACCAAAACCAUUUCUGUGGAGCGAGAGAUGCCCAUCGAGGGCCUGGGGGGCCUUCCCAUGCCCCACCGGACCUUCGUGCCACUGCCUCCCAUUUGCUCCAACUCCACUGUGCAUAGUGAGGAGACAUCCCACCGGAGCGAUGCUGCUGGCCGCCUCAGCCCAGACCACCUGUCAGAUGAGGACACCAAGAGCACAGAAUCCAUCUUCUUGACCCAGGUCAGUGGGUUAUCUUCCUCCAUCUUCCGGAGGGAUGAUUCAGAGACAAAGGAGAAAGACCAAAGACCACCAUCCACAGCACCCAGAGAGGCCAAGAGUACUCAGAAGCCCCCAUCUGCCUCUUGCCCCAGGAAGUACCAUGGCUAUGAGGAGCUGCUGACAGCCAAGCCUGACCCCACCUUCAUUGAGCCAAAAGGAAUCCAGAAGAAUGCACAGGCCUUGCAGCACAUGUUGAAACACCCGCUCGUGUACCGCUCCAGCAAGCCCAGGCUGGAUACUCUGCAGAAACACUAUGUUCCCAAGGAGAAGCGGACCCAGAGGAUCCCUAUUCCGCCCCCACGGAAGACUCGAGCCCAGCUGCUGGAUGACAUCCUCAUUCGCAUGCGGGACACCCAGAACAUCACAGAGGCGCCACUAGGAGCCGUCCUGCGCCAGCGGACAGAGAGGCGGCUGGUGAACCAGAAGCAGUUCCUGGAGGCCAAAAAGCUGCUGAAGGAGUUCCGUGCGCGCUACCGGCGGCUGGUGCGCUGCUCGCUGCGGUCAGUGUUUGGGACCACAGCGCCGCCCCAGGCCCGCCCAGCACUGAGCGGGAGCCAGCCUAAGUUGGGCCACUUCCUCGAAUUCAUGGAUGAAUUCUACCAGGAGCCCACAGCCAGUGACUUGAAAGGCUAGGACUGUGCACGGUGCCAUGGGUACCAACUAGCCUGUGCCCUGCGCCCUUCACAAGGGUGCCACACCCUUGACCGCUCCUUGGGACGAGUUCGGGUCUCCAAGCUCUCCUCAGCCUUGCUUGCUGGCCACAGAGAGUGGUGAGCUGGUCAGGACCUCCCCUUCCUGGGCCAGGCAGGAACCAGCACCUUGUCCAACAGCAAUAAAGAGUGAGUGCAUAGGGCAAGGUAGCCCUCAUUCCUUUUUGGAA